AUGUCAACUCAGUCCGGUAUCAAUGCCUCCAAGCAUCUUUUGGAUGAACUCAAUAAUAGGGGGGACGACGGCCUUGUCAUACUCGGCCAGAUCGACGAUCGCUCGACCGAGAUCGAAUACCGAAAGGAGUUCCGGUCUGUGGGCCAGCUACAAGAGUACCUCGAGCUGAAGCCCACCAAGCCAUGCUACCUAUUCAUUCGGGAUAGUGACAUAUGGCAAUUCGUCAGCUACACGCCAGAUACGGCCCCCGUGCGCGAAAAGAUGUUGUACGCCUCUAGCAAGAACACGUUACUCAGGCAGGUCGGGACCAACAAAAUUGGCCGCAGCGUAAUGGUCACUGAAGUGCACGAGCUUGCGGAGCGGCCAUGGGCUGCGGAUGAAAGCCCGAAAGCCUACACGGAAGAUGAGCUCAUCAAGACAGAGGUUGACCGCAAGCUAAAUUCGGAGAAGAACAUCAGUGGUGGUCGUAAGCUGGUUUCCAUGUCCACUGGCGUUGCGUUCAAAAUAAAUGAGGAUGAGCUCCUCUCAGAUUUGAUCAGCAAUGGAACCGCCCUGAUCUUUGAGAUCGACCUAACGGAUGAACAGAUUAAACUUCGGACAAAGAAGACCCCCGGUAGCGCGAAGGCACUAGUGGCGGCUAUGGACCGCGACAGACCGAGCUACACCUUGUAUCAAGAUGAGGGUAGACUAUUUUUCAUCUACACCUGCCCAUCGGGGAGUAAGGUGAAGGAGCGCAUGGUUUAUGCAGCGAAUAAGCAGGGCUUCGCUAAUUACGUCAAUGACUCCGGCUUCAAAAUCUCAGAGACGUUCGAAGUUGGGGACCCUGAGGAGUUGGAGCUAAGUGCGCUAGAGCCACAGUCUUCACAACCAGCCCAGGAGGAUUCAAAGCCUAAGUUCAAUCGGCCUAAGGGCCCACAGAGAAGGAGUAAGUAA